CGGAGGACCGAGGGGCCGCACUGGGAGGGGCGCCACGCACCGGCGGCCUCCGAGGGCCUCCCCGCGCCCGGGUCUGUGUCUGCCGCAGUCCUGCCGCCAUUCCGGCCAGUGUCGUCACCUGGGAGCAACAGUUGACCAGAAACGCCGAGGCGUUGACCUUUAGUGCUCGCAGACGGACCGAAAGUCGCAGCGAGACGCACCAUCAGGGGCGCCCUGGUAACCGGCCAGGUCACCCUUAGGUCUUCUACCCCCCAAAACAAGUUUUGGCCCUAGAACACCCCGAACGUCAGGUUAAGGAAAUAAGGAGACCACGGCCGAGUUUCUGGUUAGGCUGGGAAAGCCUUCAGCGACCGUGUGUUCCGCGCCUUUCAUCUCCGGUUCGGUGUACCAAAACGCUGCGAGGAAAUCAUGGCUCUGCUCUUACCGCGCGUAUUUCAGAACACAGAACUCACACUUGACUGGCAAUGACUAAGAGGUGCCGCAAGUUACAGCAGCCCACAAGAAUUAUUGACGUACAGCUAUAUAUUUUGUCAUUUCUUUCACCUCAUGAUCUGUGUCAGUUGGGAAGUACGAGCCAUUAUUGGAAUGAAACUGUACGAGAUCCAAUUUUGUGGAGAUAUUUUCUGCUGCGGGAUCUUCCUUCUUGGUCUUCUGUUGACUGGAAGUCUCUUCCAAAUCUAGAAAUCUUAAAAAAGCCUAUAUCUGAGGUUACUGAUGGUGCAUUUUUUGACUACAUGGCAGUCUAUAAAAUGUGCUGUCCAUAUACAAGAAGAUCCUUGAAAUCUAGCCGUCCUAUGUAUGGAGCUGUCACAUCAUUUUUACACUCAUUGAUUAUUCAGAAUGAACCACGAUUUGCUAUGUUUGGACCAGGUUUGGAAGAACUGAAUACGUCUUUGGUGUUGAGCUUAAUGUCUUCUGAGGAACUUUGCCCAACAGCUGGUUUGCCUCAGAGGCAGAUUGAUGGUAUUGGAUCUGGAGUUAGUUUUCAGUUGAGCAACCAACAUAAAUUCAACAUCCUGAUACUAUAUUCAACUACCAGAAAGGAAAGAGAUAGAGCAAGAGAAGAGCAUACAAGUGCAGUUAACAAGAUGUUCAGUGUACAGAAUGAAGGAGAUGAUCAACAAGGAAGCCGGUAUACUGUAAUUCCACAAAUUCAGAAGGUGUGUGAAGUUGUUGAUGGAUUCAUCUAUGUUGCAAAUGCUGAAGCUCAUAAAAGACAUGAAUGGCAAGAUGAAUUUUCUCGUAUUAUGGCAAUGACAGAUCCAGCUUUUGGAUCUUCAGGAAGACCUAUGCUGGUUUUAUCUUGUAUUUCUCAAGCAAAUGUAAAAAGAAUGCCCUGUUUUUAUUUGGCUAAUGAGCUGCGUCUAAAUCAUCUAAACCACCCAUGGAUGGUCCAGGAUACAGAGGCUGAAACUCUAACUGGUUUUUUGAAUGGCAUUCAGUGGAUUCUUGAAGAAGUAGAAUCUAAGCAUGCAAGAUGAUCCUCCUUUUAGACCUUGGGAACUGAAACCACUUUAAGCUUGUUGCUAAGGUCAUGAUGUGGAUAUUUGCUCAGUCAGCCAAUUUUGUCCUGCCUUUUUGCAGGUGGGCUUUAUAUUGGGACAGCUGUAACUGCCCAGUUUUUUACAUAAUUUUUACUUUUUACCUUAAAUCAAUUUUUUCUUGUAGAAAAAAGUUUCAGUGCUAGCAUUUAGCCCCUGAAUGAACCUUUUAAGACUUUUUUUUUGAUAACUUCUAUAUUUUCUUUUUUUAAAAUAUUAAAUUCUG